CCACCACCGAUCCCUGCAAGCCAGCCGCCUCAAGGCACAGACACGAUGCUGCCCCCCACGGCCCUGUGCAGCGUGUCCUGGGUGCUCCUCUCCUGCCUGACGCUCCUGUCCCAGGUGCAAGGGGAAGACUCCCAGGAGAAGGAGGCCUCUCCACGGAUCAGCUGCCCCAAGGGCUCCAAGGCCUAUGGUGGCUACUGCUAUGCCCUCUUCACCAUAACGAAGUCCUGGAUGGAUGCGGACCUGGCCUGCCAGAAGCGGCCCGCGGGACACCUUGCGUCCGUGCUCAGUGGGACUGAGGCGGCCUUCGUGGCCUCCCUGGUCAAAAGCAGCGGCGGGAACUCCUACUCAAACGUCUGGAUUGGGCUCCAUGACCCCACAGAGGGCUUGGAGCCUGGUGCAGGCGGAUGGGAGUGGAGCACCUCCGAUGUGCUGAAUUACCAGGCCUGGGAGAAAGACCCCUCCACCAUCUCAAACCCUAGCUACUGUGGGAGCCUGACACGAGUCACGGGAUACCUGAAGUGGAAAGAUUAUGGCUGUUAUACAAAGCUACCCUAUGUCUGCAAGUUCACGGGCUAAGUCAGAUGGGAAGCCAGCAGCCUGAGAUGGGUGUGCAAUUCAGUUCAUGAUGGGCACGGCCCAGGUGUGAAGACCCACCUGGAAGGGAAUAUUCUCCCCACACCUCCAACCCGACCACCCACCUGAUUCUGACCUUCCCUCUUCCCAGCUUCAUUUCAGAGUCUUCUGUAUGUUCCAUAACUUGAGUUUUCAAAAAGUAAUAAUAAAAAUUUUAGUCUACAA